AUGGGCUUCAUCCACAGGAGGACGUCCAAGCAGACCUCCAAGGUUAAGACGCUUCUGGGGCUCGCCUUGUCACGGCUCGCCGUUGCCCGGCGACCCCGCCUUGCUCGCAAGUCAAUUUCCCGCGGCGAUGUCAGCCAGCUCCUCGCCUUUGGCCACCUCGACCGUGCUCUCCAUCGCGCAGAGCAGGUCAUAGAGGAGGACAACAUGCUGGAGGCGUUCGACAUCAUAGAGCUUUACUGCAAUCGCCUCAUCGAACACGCUGUGCAGUUAGAUAAGCCUCAUGAAUGUGGCGAGGACAUUCGGGAGGCAGCCGCCGGAAUCAUAUUUGCAGCCGGGUGGUGCGGCGACCUGCCGGAGCUGCCGUUUGCACGCACUAUUCUGGCAAACAAAUUCGGCAGCGACUUCACUGCGACGGUAAAGGAGGGAACCGGCAUCGUCGAUCCCAUGUUGGUGUGGAAGUUGUCUGGCAACAAAACAAACAUGGAGCUGAAGAAGAAGGUAAUGAAAGAGAUAGCCGCUGAGAAUAACAUCCUGGUGGACUUUUCUGAGUUCCCAGAAGCGGCUGAACAGGACGGCAAAAGCAACAUUCCACAUUAUCACGAGUUCGACCACGAAACGAUGUACCAGGAUGACAUGGAUGAAAGUUCAGACGAGGAGAAUCCGUGCAACAUUUCCAACUCUGAUGGAUCAAGCGAUGAGCAGCUGAAACCCAAGAAGGUGACAGCUUCGGUGCGCACAAGACGAUGA